AUGGCGCUGAACAACUUGGAAAGUCCUCCUCCUGUAGAUAAGCCGAUAUUGUUGGGAAAUGCAAACUAUGUAACUCCCAAUAAGUGUGAAGGAGAAACAAAAGCAAACUGUGAAAUGAUCAACCAAACUACACCAUCUAUAGACUUUUCUGUUCUGACAGCAGCUGAUUUUGGAAUUACACCAGACUCUUUUACAAACCAUUCAGGUAAGAGAUGGAGAGGGGGGGUCAAGAGCAUAUUAAAAAAAUUAAGGCGGCAGUCUACAAUUGGAAUACGGGGUUCUCCAGAAAAUAAUGCUCUUAUCAGAUACAUUGCUCACCGAAAGAGAAUAAAGACUGACGAUCCUCCCUCACAGGCCACUCCUUUUCAACGAAAUGUUUUAUUGAAGGAUAAAAUAGCUGCCUUCCAGUCAUCCUUUGAGCCACUUAAAGAAGCUGCGGAAGAAAUUAUCCAUAUACCCUACACCUCUAAGAAAGCUGACACAAGAUCACAUGAACAGUUGCAAGUGGGACCAUCAGAAUUUAAGGCAGUUGGUCUUGAGGAAACCCUAAACUGUAAAUCCACUAAUGGAGAAAAAAAUUCAACUAAUAUCCAGAAAAUUCCAGUCUUGCACCCAAAUACUAUAGAAUCUCGAUGUUUACCAUUGGAAGCUACUCCAGCUGCAGGCAUCUCAAAGACAGCAUGUGGUAUCCAGUUUCAAAACACUAAUGAAAUUUUAAAGAACAAUGCCACAUCACAACAAAGCUGUAAGAAGGUCAGAUUUGCACAGAAACAGAGCUUGGAAAUAUUUGAUGAAACUAAGCCACCCGUUACCCCGCUGCAGAAAGGAUGCUUUCCUUCCACAUACCACGAUAGCUCAUGUCUUCGUUCUGUUCUGAAGAAAACACCAGUAAAGAAAGCUGAAGGCGGGAAGGGAAGCUUCAUUCACUCAAGUGAAAAUUCAGUGCAUGAAAUAGUCAAAGGGUUUGACAGCAGAACUUUAACAUGCAAAUAUGUUACAGAAAGAAGUUCCAGACCAAUAGACAAAAUGGAGGCACACAGUAAAGAGCUGGCCGUGGAAGUAUUUGAUGCACUUCAACCUGUAGCUACUCCAGUAUGUAGUGAAGAAGCCACAUUCGGUCCACCUGGAACAAGAAUUGACAGCUCUUUUGUCAUAAUUCCCAUCAAAAACACCUUGGUCCAACCAAAUUUUGACAGUGAUGAUGACCUUCAAGAGACGUUAGAUGUAAUUUCCACAGAUGAAUCUGUUGUGAGCUCACGUGAUCUGGAAGAUAAAGUGGCCAUCACUACAUCCACUACCAGUGAAAUAAAUCCUUCUAUGCCAUCUUCUGAAUAUUUGCAGGUGUCUAGGCGCAAAGCAUUUGGAAAGAGAAGAAGGAAAAAAAAGGCACAGAAAGUAUUUCAUGGACAUUAUGAAACUGUAUCUAAGAAGCCUCUCUUGAGUCCAAUUCCUGAGAUGACGGAAGAGAUCUCCCUCCCUCCAUCUUAUCAAAGCACACCAGAGUCAUCAGUUUCCAUCUUAGAUCGUUCUUGCUGCAGCAGCAUCCAUGAAACACCUGAAAAGACAAAUAGCACAUUGCAUAGUAGAGAAGAGGAUGGCAACUGCCUGCAAUCUAAUCUGAGUGCUGUGACAGAAGAUGCUGUACUUGACACUGUAUCAUGCUCAUCCUUACAAUUGCAAGAUGCUGUUCUGAAUGACACACAAAUCACAUUUCCUUCGGAGCCACCUGGUAACGAUUCUUUCAAAACCUUAAACAAUACCGUAAAUGUACAGGUGCUGAAAAGCAACUAUUCAAGUGAGAGUGAAAAGGAACUAGGGUUGCUAAAUCUGCAAGGAACUGGUGAAAAAACCAGUCAAGAAGCUUCACUUCUCAUUGCAGAUUCUGCAGUAGAGCAGCUGAGUGGAGGUGACAUCUGCAUGAACUUUAAAAGAUUUCCAAGGAGGAGCAGAAGAAUCACCCACUACCUCCCCAGUAUUGAGGAUCUUCAAUCUGAAACGCCUAGAAACAACCCCUGUGUUCCUAGGGGUAGCAUGGAAGAACUACCUUGUACACCUCCAACAGUAAACAAUUCUGGAUUCUUAAAUGAAGUAAUGUGCGCUAUAGAGGAAUCUUUCAGAAGCGUAACCAGUAGCACUCAAAAAAGGGUGAGACGCAGCAUGAGGCUGCUUAAAGAUACAGGAAGUGAAGGCCUCACAUGGAUUUCAGUACCUACUAAUGAUUCUGUGAAUCAGGCUCUGGUGGGUUCUACUCGCAGAGCCAGGAGACAGUCAUAUAACCUCUGCCAUCCAGAAUCAGAGAUACUUCAUCAAAAGCAAGAAAACUUGGUCCAGAGUCUUUUGCCAGUGACAGAACAGAAAAGCACUCAUACUGGAGUGGAGCAUUGCAGACCAAGGAAAAAAAGGAAGAGCAUUUGUUUCUAG